GCUAUUUAGAAAACUAUGCUCGAAAUUUCAUUAUGUCCGAGAGCAACGCUCGCGAGUCACCGUACCGCUGAUGGGUGGGUGUCGUCUUGCUUCAAUCGAGCCAAGCCCGCAGAAGAGAAAAGAUCGCUGCUUGCGUUAAUUUCCGGUGAAGAGAGGCGAUAUUUCGGCAAUCGAUCCACCAUGUUGGAGCUGCGAUUGGUGCAGGGAAGCCUUCUUAAGAAGGUGCUUGAAGCAAUGAAAGACCUUGUUACCGACGCUAAUUUCGAUUGCUCGGCGACGGGGUUCUCGCUUCAAGCCAUGGAUUCAAGCCACGUCGCCCUCGUCGCUCUUCUCCUUCGUUCCGAGGGCUUCGAGCACUACCGCUGCGAUCGCAACAUUACCAUGGGGAUGAACCUCAACAAUGUCUCUAAACUCCUCAAAUGCGCAGGAAACGAUGAUAUCAUCACCAUCAAGGCUGAUGACGGCGGAGAUACAGUCACCUUCAUGUUCGAAAACCCUAAACAGGACAAGAUCUCUGAUUUUGAAAUGAAGCUUAUGGAUCUUGAUAGCGAGCACCUCGGGAUCCCGGAUGCCGAGUACCACGCCAUUGUUCGGAUGCCUUCGUUGGAGUUUUCGAGGAUAUGCAAGGAUCUAAGUAGCAUUGGAGACACAGUUGUGAUAUCGGUGACGAAGGAGGGAAUCAAAUUUUCCACAAGGGGAGAUAUAGGAAAUGCGAACAUUGUUUGCAGGCAGAAUACCACAGUUGAUAAGCCAGAAGAAGCUACUGUAAUUCAGAUGAAUGAAGCAGUAUCGUUGACAUUUGCAUUGAGAUAUUUGAACUCCUUCACAAAAGCAACAUCCCUCUCAGAGACUGUGACUAUAAGCCUUUCUUCAGAACUCCCUUUGGUUGCAGAAUACAAGAUUGCUGAUAUGGGCUAUAUUAAAUUUUAUCUGGCGCCCAAGAUUGAAGAUGAUGAAUGAGUAGAUCAAACCCUAUGUAUUGAUUACUCUUUUCACCUCUUCAAAAAAAUAAAAAUUUUACUUUUAUUUACUUAUAACUCACAGUUCACACUUCACACUUCUUCAAGUGUUGUUUUUUUAACUUAUUUUAAGAAUUACUUGUUACAUAAGAGCAAACAUGUCAAAGUCUAAUAGAUGUGUGAAAUUUUGAUUA